AUGGAAAGUGACAAUGAAGAUAAAUUUGAAGAUCUCGGUCAAUCGGAUACUUGGGACUGGAACGAAGUGGUGGCUCCUGAAAAUACUUUUAUGGGCGAUGAUAGUACUGGAUUCUUAUGUCUAGAAGAAAUCUCUGAUGUAGAAGUAGAUUAUGAAGGUGAUGACAAAACUGGGAAAAUAGUUACUUUUAAGAGAAAGAAAAAAGCUAAUCGCAAGGCUAGUAAAAAGGCAACUCCUACACAACCUCUUAGCGAAAAGGAUAUGGGCGACUUUUAUGAUCUUGAUACUUUUACUGAAGAAGCUUUCCUCGCUCAACAAAAUCAAGGAGGCGUGGUUGAUUCAGGUUCCUCUUUGGACAAUGUAGCUGAUCAAGAUAAUAAUGAGGAAAAGGAAGAUAUUUCUGAUACAGAGGAUCAACAAGAUAGGAUUGAUGAUGAUUCUUUACCAACAACUGUUACGACUCAGAAAGCGGCUAAAGCAAUGGCAAACAAGAAAGAAAAGGCAAAGCGUUACGUGGAAAAACUUAAGAUUCGAAUCGAAAAACUGGAGAAGGAAAUGGAAAGCAUAAAGAACCAUGCAGAUCAGACAAAGGAGGAAAAACUGGCAACUGAUAAGGAAACCAUCAAGAAACAAAAAGUAGAAUCAAAGGCAACUUCUAUAUCGAAUCGACCCAAAUUAGAAGAUGUGGAUGAAAAUGUUGAUAUUUCUGCUUGGAAUGAUAUGGAUUUAUCUGAACCUAUUAUCAAUGCUCUCAAAUAUUACAAGUUUUGUGAACCUACUCAAAUUCAAGCAAAAGCUUUACCAAAAGCUUUGGAACGUCGCGAUAUUAUCGGUGUUGCUGAAACGGGUUCUGGUAAAACAUUAGCCUUUGGUAUACCUAUGGUUGACUCGCUUCUGCGACAAAAGGAAAGAUCUCCAGGACUAGCUGGUUUGGUUUUGGCUCCCACAAGAGAAUUGGCAAUUCAAGUCAAGGAUCAUAUUCAGAACAUCGCUGUAUUUGGAAAUAUCAAGGUUGUUGCUGUUGUCGGUGGAAUGUCGAUUCAAAAGCAACAGCGUCAAUUGAAAGAGAUGCCUGAUAUCAUUGUAGCCACACCUGGUCGUCUCUGGGAAUUAUUAUCUACUAAUCAAGUUUAUAUGGAUAUGCUAAAAAGUAUCAAAUUUUUGGUUUUGGAUGAAGCUGAUCGUAUGUUGGAAAAAGGUCAUUUCGAAGAAUUAUCAAAACUUUUGGGUGAAUUGUCAUCAAAACGACAAAAUACAACUGAAUGGCCUGAAGAUAUAGAUGGCAAUGAAAGAAAAAUCAUUGAACGAGACGUUGGUAUUCAUCAAACAUUCAUCUUUACUGCCACUCUGGAUAAGGGUAUUGUCUUCAAUGUGAAAUCAAAAAAGGCACCUCCAAAGUCAAAGGGUACAUUAGCGGACUUGGUACGACAUAUUGAAUUUGCAGAUGAAAAUCCAGUUGUGGUGAACGUUACUUCAGAAAAAAAAGUGGCAUCUCGUUUAGUUGAAGCUAAGGUGGAUUGUUUGAAAACCGACAAGGAUUUGUAUGUAUACUACCUUGUGACUCGCUACCCUGGACGCACCAUCAUUUUUGUCAACAGUAUUGAUGCCAUUCGACGUCUUGUUCCUAUUUUCAAGCUUCUUGGUAUCGAAGUACUUGGAUUACAUGCUCAAAUGCAACAAAAGCAACGCUUGAAGAAUUUGGACAGAUUCAAGGCAAAUGACAAGGCUGUAUUAGUAGCUUCUGAUGUGGCUGCUCGUGGUUUGGAUAUCCCUUUAGUAGAACAUGUCAUCCAUUAUCAAUUACCUCGAUCAGGUGAAAUCUAUGUCCAUCGAAGUGGUCGUACGGCGAGAGCAAAUCGGGAUGGUAUCUCCUUGCUAUUAUGUGGUCCUGAUGAAGUGAAGAUUCUUGGAAAAUUGGUACAAACUUUACGAAAAGGUGAAAAAUACCCUGACUUCCCUGUGGAUUUGAGCAUUCUCCGUGCAAUGAAGAAACGUGUUCAGUUAGCUACAGAAAUUGACAAAAUUGAACAUCAAGAAAAUAAGAUGACCCAUGAUGAUAAUUGGAUGCGAAAUAUGGCCAAGGAAAUGGAUUUGGAAUUCGAUGAAGAUAUGAUCAGCGGAAACGGUAAACAGGAAAAUGAACGUCAACUGGAAAAAGAACGUGCCAAGGCUCGAUCUUUACGAUAUGAAUUGAAGGAAUUACUCAAGACUCCCAUGCUUCCUGAUGGUGCUUCUAUGAAGUAUCUGACCGGAUCUGCAAUUAGCGGAUUAAUAGAUCGUUUGAUUGAAAAUGAAGCUCAACCUACGUUAUUGCCUGCUCAUGCAACAAGCAAAGCUGUCGAUGAUGUCAAAUCCCACAAAAAACGAAAACUUUAG